AUGUCACUGCGUCGUUCGUUAAGCUUGCUUGUUACAGGGAUUGGCUUCGCCUCGGCACAGGGAGAGGGGGAUGCGUCACUAUUUGGCAAGGACGGUGACCCACCAGGCAAGGUUCAGCAGACGAUCAAGGUAAAAAUGCUUGUUACAACACCUUGUUAUUUUUGUUUAGCAUUAAUUGCUUGUUGUUAUAGAUACCAGUAGAACGACCCUGAAGAUUCUUGUUCUGAAGAGACUUCUUGUGCUUUCAUCUCUUAAACCUCAAGCCGACAUUACAGUCACGAGAACAACAAUUCACCUGAUCAAUCAUGAUCUACACUCUUCUCCCGCUAACAGAUAGAAGCUCCCCAAGUGACAGAGGAGGACCAGCAUGGGUAUAACAUGCCCAAAAUGUACAUGUGUGAGGCAUGUAGGUCAAUUGUAUUCCACGUCAACGCGACAUUGACCAAGAGGUCCGGACCAUCGAAGAAGAAGCUUAAAGAGUGGGAGUUAGAAAGCGUUUGGGAAGAAGCCUGCAGCGACAAACAGUACGAUGGAUAUGGGAUCAAGCUGUUGGGAGGUACAGUAAUUAUGGUGCAUUAGAGCUAGAAGCUUAGCAAUGAGAAGUUGUAGGAUCUUACCAAUUAUGGCAAUACCUUCUACGCUAUCUUUAACCUAGUACCACGAACCGUGGUCAUUAAACAUGAAUUAUGAAAUUAUACUGAAACUGAAUGAAAUGAAAACUUGUUCCAAGGAGAAUGAUUAUACUGAAUUCAACAAUCAGAACAUCAGGUAAAAACGUUUUAUCCGGACCUGCGCUUGCUCAAGAGCAUGAGAAGUUGGCUGCAGGAGAGGCCUCUAUCCAAAUGGGAGGUGACAAUUGGAAGAAGAGGUUAGCUGAGGAGUGCCGCAAGCUAGUAACAGACGAAUUCGAGGAGGAGAUGUACCCAAUGUGGUUGGAUGGUAGGCUGACGUCGUCAGAAAUCUGUGUGCCAAAGCACUGCAGCGCAGAUAAAGCAUCUCCGAAGAAAAAGAAAGCAAAGAAGGAGAAGAAGACGGAGAAGAAAGAAAGUAUUUUUAUUUUUUGGGAGUUUUUAUUUUUGUGUUUGUCACACUCACAUGAUUGAUGUACAUGACCAGACUAGUGCAACUUCAAGGAUAUCUACAUUCUUCAGGAUGCUUCGUAUUUCCCUGUGCUUCUAUUAAUAUUAAAAGCAACGAUUCUUUUCGUCACCACGAAACUCUCCCAGACGCAUAGACAACACCGAACCAUCUACUGAUCUACCACCAUCUUCAGAGCCAAAGAAGAAGCCCGCCGACCCGGAGAAAUCCAAGAAGGUUUCUGUAGAGGGCUAUCUCGCGAAAUUGGCCAGGGCAAGAGGAGAAGAAGCGGCCAAAUACACCAAGACGCGCACCGAACAAGAAUGGGUCGAUCUGUUUUACAGCGGUCUCCCACAGAUGCCUGGCAUUGUGCCAGCUGCGACAAAGGGAGGAGAUGAAUUGUAGAGAGGCAAAAUGAAUAGAGCAGACGAUCAAGAUAUUUAUUAUAAAUUUAUUAUGUUCUUUGAAGAUGAAUAACUGUAAAAUAUUAGUAAGGUGACUAAUAUAGUCAACACGCGGAUUCGAUUACUGUAAAAUUUUAAAGGAAAACAAGAUCAAGAUCAGGAUGGAUCCACGAUAACCUGUCAAAAAAUGCUAGGAUGCUAGUACCAGCAACAGCAUCUUUACAACCUGGAUGCGCAUGUUUUUGAAGAAGAAUUCAUAUUUAGCGGUCAAGGCAUCCCCUCGACUAGGACCCCGCAUACACCUUCGCCUUCAUGAUGUACUCUUGAUACCAUAGAGUCGUAUACCUGCCUAUCUCUCCCUAUGGCAAAUCGCGCGAGGCGCAGAAACUUUUUCUUUUUAGUAUGGACACAUCUACACUGAAUGCCUUUCACUACUCGCAUGUGAUAUUUUGAAUCGAUCACGACCAAGCUUGAGCAUGAGUUUUGCAGGACGAAAGUCUGUGGAACAAAACCGAGGGAUACUGUGUCGGGUAUUAUAUCAUGAGCUUGGUGCACGUCUCGGU